GCCGCGAAGAGCCCGCCCCCAGGAGCGCGCCGCCGCCGCCGCCGCCGCCGCCGUCGGGGCCGAGCCUGAGCCGAGCGGCCGCGGGCCCGGGCGGCGGGCGGAGACUCGGGCGCCCUCCCCGCUGCGGCCCGCGCGAGGUGAAUUGCUGGAGGCUAUCUACCAUCCACUCCCCAUUGCUGCCCCAAAUUAUGUUUGAUGGUACAGGUCUUAUACUUCAGCUGAAUGGAUGAGGCAAUGCAUCUGAGCUAGAGAUCAGGUAUGCAGUCGUGAGUUGGAUCCCCAGCACUGCCCCACACGCGGAGUGCAGUCCCAGCACAGCCAAGGGUGACACCAGACGGGCACCACAGCACAGCGCACGCGCCCGCAGCUCGGCAUGUGACACACCCCUGAGACUCCUGUACUCUAUUGAAGAAGAUGUCUAACAGUAACACUACGCAAGAGACUUUAGAAAUAAUGAAAGAAUCAGAAAAAAAACUGGUGGAAGAAUCUGUAAACAAAAACAAGUUUAUAGCUAAGACUCCAAGCAAGGAAGAAAUUGAGAAAGAGAGUGAAGAUUCCGGUUCACGCCAGGAGACACAGAGGCGGACAUCCAGCCAUGGCCAUGCCAGGAAAAGAGCCAAGUCCAAUUCCAAGCUCAAGUUGGUACGAAGCCUCGCUGUAUGUGAAGAGUCCUCUGCCCCGUUUGCUGAUGGGCCACUGGAAUCCCAGGAUAUCAUUCAGUUGCAUAUCAGCUGCCCCUCUGACAAGGAGGAAGAAAAGUCCACAAAGGAUGUCUCUGAAAAAGAAGACAAGGACAAAAACAAAGAAAAGGUCCCAAGGAAGAUGCUGUCUAGAGACUCCAGCCAAGAAUACACAGACUCCACUGGAAUAGACCUACAUGAAUUUAUUGUAAAUACACUGAAAAAGAAUCCAAGGGACAGAAUGAUGCUGCUAAAAUUAGAACAGGAGAUUCUGGAAUUUAUUAAUGACAACAAUAACCAGUUCAAGAAGUUCCCUCAGAUGACCUCAUAUCAUCGGAUGCUAUUACACCGGGUAGCUGCCUAUUUUGGGAUGGACCACAAUGUUGAUCAGACUGGAAAAGCCGUCAUCAUCAACAAAACUAGCAAUACAAGAAUCCCUGAACAGCGAUUCUCAGAACAUAUAAAGGAUGAAAAGAAUUCCGAAUUUCAACAGAGAUUCAUUCUCAAGAGAGAUGAUGCCAGUAUGGACCGAGAUGAUAACCAGAUCAGAGUUCCAUUGCAGGAUGGAAGGAGGAGCAAGUCAAUAGAAGAGAGAGAGGAGGAAUAUCAAAGGGUCCGAGAGAGAAUAUUUGCCCGAGAGACUGGCCAGAACGGAUAUCUAAAUGACAUCAGACUCUCCAAAGAAGCCUUUUCUUCUAGCUCUCACAAGAGAAGGCAGAUUUUUAGGGGGAACCGUGAGGGGCUGAGUCGCACCUCCAGCAGCCGCCAGAGCAGCACAGACAGCGAACUCAAAUCCCUGGAGCCCCGGCCGUGGAGCAGCACGGACUCCGACGGCUCUGUUCGGAGCAUGCGUCCCCCCGUCACCAAAGCCAGCAGCUUCAGCGGAAUCUCCAUCCUCACCCGCGGUGACAGCAUUGGGAGCAGCAAAGGUGGCAGCGCAGGAAGGAUCUCCCGGCCAGGCGAAACGUCCACAGGUAUGGUGCUAGGCACCCCAGAAGUGUGCAACCAGGUGCCCUCCUCCCAGUCCGUCCGGGGCCUCCUCCCCUGUACCGCCCAGCAGCCGCCGCCGCCGCCCCUCAACAACCACAUGAUCUCACAGCCCGUCCCGGCUCUGCAGCCCUCUCCGCAGCCCGUUCCGUUCUCUCCAGGCUCCUGUCCCCAGGUCCUCCUGCCAGUCUCUCCGCCCCAGCAGUACAACAUGGCAGAUGACCUCAGCAACCCCUUUGGACAAAUGAGCCUUAGCCGCCAAGGUUCCACAGAAGCCGCCGACCCCUCCUCAGCGCUGUUCCAGCCGUCACUCAUGCCCCAGCACGCCCAGCAGCCAAACUUCAUCAUGGCUUCUCCGGGACAGCCCCUCCCCGCCCCCAGCUACCCCUCCUCAAGUCACGCGCCCCCGACCCAGCCAGUCCUCCCCCCCCAGGGCUACAUGCAGCCCCCGCAGCAGAUCCAGGUUUCUUACUACCCCCCUGGACAGUACCCUAACUCCAACCAGCAAUAUCGACCUCUGUCGCACCCGGUGGCCUACAGCCCCCAGCGUGGCCAGCAGCUGCCUCAGCCAUCUCAGCAGCCUGGUCUGCAGCCCGUGAUGCCUAACCAGCAGCAGGCAGCCUACCAGGGUGUGAUCGGGGUCCAGCAGCCGCAGAACCAGGGCCUGCUCAGCAGCCAGAGGAACAGCCCGGGGGGCCAGAUGCAAGGCCUGGUGGUCCAGUACACUCCACUGUCUUCCUACCAAGUACCGGUGGGGAGUGACUCCCAGAACGUGGUCCAGCCGCCUUUCCAGCAGCCGAUGCUGGUUCCCGUGAGCCAGUCUGUGCAGGGGGGCCUCCCGGCCGGGGGCGUCCCAGUCUACUACAGCAUGAUCCCCCCAGCUCAGCAGAAUGGCACCAGCCCUUCGGUGGGAUUUCUGCAGCCUCCUGGCUCUGAGCAGUUUCAGAUGUCCCCGUCUCCUUCUCCCUGCAGCCCGCCGCAGAUGCCGCAGCAGUACUCAGGUGUGUCACCGUCCGGACCCGGUGUGGUGGUCAUGCAGCUAAAUGUUCCGAAUGGACCCCAGCCCCCCCAGAACCCAUCCAUGGUCCAGUGGAGUCACUGUAAAUAUUACAGCAUGGAUCAGCGGGGACAGAAGCCUGGAGACCUGUACAACCCAGACAGCAGCCCCCAGGCCGGCUCCCAGCUCAGCGGCAGCCCCGUCACGUCUCCCACCCAGUCUCCAGCACCCUCGCCUGUCGCCAGCCUCAGCAACGUCUGCACAGGACUCAGCCCCCUCCCGGUUCUCUCACAGUUCCCCAGACCCGGGGGGCCAGCACAAGGUGACGGGCGCUACUCACUCCUGGGCCAGCCAUUGCAGUACAACCUGUCCAUCUGCUCCCCCUUGCUCCACGGCCAGUCCUCGUACUCAGUGCACCAGGGGCAGAGCGGACUGAAGCAUGGGAACCGAAGCAAGAGACAAGCGCUCAAGUCUGCCUCCACGGACCUGGGGACAACAGACGUCGUCCUGGGGCGGGUGCUGGAGGUGACAGAUCUCCCCGAGGGCAUCACCCGGACCGAGGCCGAUAAGCUCUUCACGCAGCUCGCCAUGUCCGGCGCCAAGAUCCAGUGGCUCAAGGAGGCUCCGGGGCUGCCGGGCGGGGGCGGGGGCGACAGCGCGGGGACUGCCGAGAACGGCCGCCACGCGGACCUCGCGGCCUUGUACACCGUCGUGGCGGUGUUCCCCAGCCCCCUGGCGGCCCAGAACGCCUCCCUCCGCCUCAACAACUCCGUGAGUCGCUUCAAACUCCGAGUGGCCAAAAAGAACUAUGACCUGAGGAUCCUGGAGCGGGCCAGCUCCCAGUAGGGGGGAGACGAGCCCACAGCAGCGGCGGGCAGGUGGGCAGGGGCGCGGGACCCUCGGACAGAGGCAGGAGGGAAGAACAGGCCCCACGGGCUCCUGGCUCCUGGACGGGAGCAGAAGCCAUGCAGGGCUGGCGCUGGCCCCUUGCUCCCCUGCCGUGGGCCUCCUCCUCCCCCUCCCCACCCCUGCCUCCCUCCUCCUCCCAUCUCUUCUAUCAUUUUUUUUAAUCUCUCCUCCUCCCUCCCACCAUGAAAUUAAUUUCAUACUCUUUGGUCAGGUAGAACUGGGAGGGCCCCACACUCCCCGACUCUCCUGUUUCCUUCUCAUCCCAGAUUCCCUUUUCUUUUCUUUUCUUUUCUUUUUUUUUGGUCUUUAUGAAUAUAUUUAUAUGGACAGAAUUAAGAAAAAAACAAAAUUGAUUUCCCUCUUCUCGCACUUCCCCCAUCUUGUCUCCCCCAGCCUCACAGAGUUAAACCCUGGGCCUCCCCCCACCCCCCAGAACACUUGUAUAUUGUUUGUUUGAGGUUUGUGCCGCAGUAACAGACACAGUAUUUAAUUGCACAUAAAGAUGUUUGCUGGGUAUAUUCACUGUAAAUUUUAUUUAAUCUGAUUUUUUUGUUUGUUGGGGGGGCUGUUGGGGGGAAGUUGAUUUUGUUUUUAAAUAUAAAAAGAAAAAAGAAAAAUUCUGUCACUGGA